AACAACUAAAUAAAUGAGGUGCAGCAUGUAAAAUCUUUUUACGAAGAAUUUUAUGAAUAAACAUGUUUAAAUGUAUAUUACAUACAAAUCAGCCGGGAUGAAGUAUAAAUAAUCAGGGAUAUAUUUUCGAGUAGUCAGAAAAAAAUACAGUGUUAUGCGGUCUAAAAUGGAAACUAAACGAACACUAGAUUAUCGAAUUAAUAUUUCCGUUUUAUUAUUCAAGAUAAAUCCAUAGGAUAUUUGUAAGGAUCAUGGAGUCAUCCAGUGGGGGAAGUAACAUUCCCAAAAUUAUGGUGUUUAGACCUACCAUGGAGGAAUUUAAAGACUUUGCCAAAUACAUCACUUACAUAGAAUCACAAGGUGCACACAAAGCUGGCUUAGCAAAGAUAAUUCCACCAGCAGAAUGGAAACCAAGAAGAAAUGGUUAUGACGACCUUGAAAUGACGAUUCCUUCGCCCAUCACUCAAGUUGUUACAGGAUGUCAGGGCUUGUAUCAGCAGUAUAAUAUACAAAAGAAAGGUCUUACUGUGAAAGAAUUCGAAAAAUUAGCCAAUAGUGAAAGAUACAAGACCCCAAGACAUUUUGACUAUGAAGAACUAGAAAGAAAAUAUUGGAAGAACAUAACAUUUGUGAAUCCAAUCUAUGGAGCUGACAUAUCAGGAAGUCUGUAUGAUCCUGAUCAAGAUAUAUGGAACAUUAAUCGUCUUGGAACCAUCCUGGAUUAUGUUAAUGGAGAUUAUGGUAUUAAGAUAGAAGGUGUUAACACAGCUUACUUAUACUUUGGAAUGUGGAAGACAACAUUUCCUUGGCAUACAGAGGAUAUGGAUCUAUACAGCAUUAAUUAUGUACAUUUUGGUGCACCAAAGAGUUGGUAUGCCAUACCCCCAGAACAUGGAAGAAGACUAGAAAGAUUAGCUGCAGGAUUUUUCCCUAGCAGUUACCAAUCUUGUCCAGCUUUCCUGAGACAUAAAAUGACACUUAUCUCACCAGCAAUCCUGAAACAAUACUCUAUACCCUUUAACAAGAUCACACAAGAGGCUGGAGAAUUUAUGGUCACAUUUCCUUUUGGUUACCAUGCAGGAUAUAACCAUGGAUUUAACUGUGCUGAAUCUACUAACUUUGCAACAGAAAGGUGGAUUGAGUAUGGAAAAAGAUGUCAUCAGUGCAAAUGUAGGAAGGAUGGAGUUAAAAUAAGCAUGGAUACAUUUGUUAAAAGAUUCCAGCCUGAAAGAUAUCCUUUUUGGAAAGAGGGCAAGGACAUAGGACAUCACCCUGAAGAUGAUCAGAGCAAAUUAUAUCACAAAAACAGGGAUACCAGCAAAUUGAUUGGAGCCAACAGUACAGGGACAGUUUCCAAGAGACAUCCAAUUUCUACUUCUACAGAUGAUUCACCAAAGAAAAGAGGUCGACCUAAAACUGAAGAUACAUCAACAGAUAUAAAAUCAGAAGUAACAGAACAGAAAGUGCAAAAUAUUAUCAAAAAGAUAAAAGAAGAUAUGGAAAAGAAAACUGAUGAUACAGAUAAGAGUGGAGAUGAAGCAGAUGGAGAUAGUUCAGCUUCUGAUACAGAAGACGAAGAAGUGAAUAUUUGUGGUAAGGAAGAAAACAAAAAUUUACCGUCCAGAAAAAAAAUAGAUAUGUACUUAGAAGAUGUCAAAAAACCCAAAGAGGAAAAACAAAAACACAGUCCAAAGUCAUUUCAAGCAGCUUUUGAAUCCUUAGUAGCAGCAAAAGGUACUAGUUUUUACCUACCGUCACAGAAAAAAGAUGCAAAUUUUAAAAUCCCAAAGAAACGAAAAUCUGAUGAAAGUGUAUCUUUUGAUUCAUUAAAUGAUCAGCCUCCUAGUGCUCAAAAGUCUGCUAGCGCAACAUUAUCAUCUCCAACAAAGAAAGUUCGACAUGAUUCAGGAGAAGUUAAUUCAAAGCAUAGACAGAGUUAUCCCCCAUCUUCUAGUUCUAGCUACUCUUUUAUGCCAUUAUCGCAGCAGGAAUCCACUCAAAGCAAAGAAGAUGAAUUCAAUAGACUUAAUUUCUUAAUGCCAACUAUUCGAUGGAUUAAACAACAAAAAAUGCUACAAAAUUGUACCAGUAAACCAGGAACAAGUCCUCUUCAAAUGCCUUCUCCAUUUAUUCAGGCAACAGGUGAUCAUUUAUCAUUCAGUGACCUUUCUAGAGGUCAGACAAAGGAUAAUGAGAUUAUUGUAUAUCCACAAGGAGUCAUGGUUUCAAAACAGCAGACCACAAACAUAGCUCCUAAGUCACCAAGAUCACAACAAGCUCUAUCACCAAGAUUACAACAGGCUCUAUCACCAAGAUUACAACAGGCUUUAUCGCCAAGGUUACAACAAGUUAUAUCACCAAGGUCACAUCAGGCUAUAUCACCAAGGGCACAUCAAGCUUUAUCACCAAGAUCACAACAGGCAUUACCACCAAAGUCUAAACAGGCAUUAUCACCAAGAACUCACACAAUGAUAUCACCAAAGUCAAACUCGACUGUUUCAGCUAAGGUUUAUGAUCCCUAUUCUAAGCUUGGUUUACAUUCACUUGGAGCAUCUAUUAAAUCAGAACAUCAAUAUUGUAAUAGUUACAAUGAUCAGAAAUCACAAGUAUUAGAUUUAUCUGUUUCUACUGCUAUGUCUACAGAUGAUGAUGAUAUGAAGAACUCGCCAUUGUUUAGGUCAUUACUUACAAGAGAUAGCCCUUCAAUAUCUUCCAAUAUUACUGUAGCUACGGCCACAAUAAAACAGGAACCAUCCAUAAAAACAGAAAAACACGAAAUAUCCACAUCUACCGUUACUUCUACUACAGAGACUUAUCAAAAUACUUCUGCUAGUUCCACAGCUGUUACACAAGUUUCUAAUAGUACCUCUGUCAGUAAUUCAUCAUAUGGAAAUUUAAUGAAUUUAUCAUCGGUAGUUUCUCCGUCUGAUAUUACAGCAUCUCCUGUAGUUGUCAAACCUCCAAUGAAACUAACAGGAAGUCAACAAGACUUAUUUUCAAAUAUGAAUCAGGUGUUUGAAUUAGCUUCUAGUGUACUUAACCCUAAAAAGGAGGUAACUGAAUCCGAAUCAAAGGACAAAUGUUUGAGUUUAAGUAGUAGUACCGUAUCCUCUAUAUCAAAUGUGUCAUUAGUUCAAUCUGCAUCAGAUCAAAAGAGAACUCCUGGACAAGUUAGAAUUAUUCAACAACAACCAAGAGCAGUUGGUCAAUCACUUUUAUCACCUGAUAUUAAUUCUAGACAAGUUAAUUUAUUAAGCAGUCCACCUAGAUUGGUACAGCAAACAAAUAUAAUGGGAAGACAGAAUAUUGCCAGAGGCACCACAGUCAUUUCUCCAAGAUCUCAACAUACCACUUCAACCCAGAGACCAGCAUUUUCUAAUGUUGGCCGUGUGAUUCAGAAUCCCAUUCGCUUGGGAUCUCCUGGGAAUUUUCUACCAGGUCAGAAUAUUGUGCUGCAACAGAAUACCUCUCAGCCGCAGACUUUUUUAGUGAGUAUACCUGUGAUGACUACCUCUGGUACUGGCGCUCCCUCUAUGCCUACUACAAUUAUUUCCAGUACUAGGGCAUCACAGGUUAAUAGCAUAGUAGGCAGUGUUAAUAAGGGUGUAACUGAGACGAAACCAACUCCUCAGCCAAUUCAAGUCAUUAAUAAGGCUACAAAUUCACUGACAGUCAACCAACUCUUAAAGGCUUCAAGGGAAAAGGCAGCUUCUGUGAAAGUAGGUUCAGCACCUAAUAAUGGCAACACUAAUACCAUAUUGGUAUCUGCAGGAAAUCCCAUUGUCUUAGGAAGUAAAGUUGUGCAGGUACAACCAAAUCUGUGUCUAAAUUCUCAAACAACAAAUGCAACAAAGACUGUGAAUGUUGUAAACGUGAUACCUACACCGUCUCAAAGAAAUGUGAAUUCUACAUCAUCUCAAAGGAAUGUAAAUGUUAUACCUACAUCAUCACAAAGGAAUGUUAUACCUACAUCAUCACAAAGGAAUGUAUCAUAUAUCCUUACACCUUCAGGUGGUUCUGUGCAAGGAAAACAAGUGAUUAGUGUUAGUACAACUCCAACUAGUGUUGUUCAAACACUGUCUACUUCCAAACCAGCAUCAGCUCUUGUCAAAAAUAUUGUAAAUCAGACAACUGUUAAACCAGGAUCUCUUUUAUCCAAAUCUGUGCCACAGUUCGGUGGUAGUCCACAAUUUGGAACUACUCAGUUUUUAUUACAAGGUGUAACACAGAUUCAUCCAGCACCAGCAAAACAUUUUCAGGUAGAUUCUAAAACGCCAUUAUUUCAAUCCAUAGUGUCAAAAACUCCAUCUCAAGCCAUAAGUUUAGCCAAAUCAGUAAAUAGUGCUUCAAUUCAAAAUAGUGUAAAUAAAACUCCCAUUUCUGUUAUAUCACCACACAAUGUACAGAGUUCUGUAACAUCAAGUAAAUCACUUGAUACAAUGGACAGUGAUCAAGCUUAUGGGGCGAUUGUAAGUCCUAAUAAGGUGUUACAACUGGUACCUCAACCUAUUGUUCCUAUCUCACAAGCAUCAAGUAAAUCUAGUUCUGAUACUGUUAAACCAGUUGUCUCAUCCAGUAAUUCAUCAAUGGUUGUCAAGGAAGUGGAAAGUUGUAAGGAGGUGAAAAAGGAAAAACCUCCAAAGAAACAAUCAUUAUACAAAGGUGGUCCUAAUGGAGAAUUACUUCAAACAAUGGUUCAGACCUCCAGUUAUAGCUCAUUUUCUGGAAGUGGAGCGAAAUCAAAGGGCAGGAAAUCAGAGCAAAGUGAAGUAUCAAGCUCGGAUGACUCACCAAAAAAGGCCAUGAAAAGAUCUCAGCAGUCUAGGCAAACAGCUGAUGAAAUGAAGAGAAAUCUGAAAAUGCUUACAGAAACAUUAAAGAAUCGGUUAGAUGAAAAUCAGAAUCCCACAAGUCAGUCUGAGGCUUCAUACUCAUCAUCUGAAGAGGUACCUAAAAGGAAGAAGAGAAAAAGUGGCGAAAAGACACCAAAAGUAGAAAAAAGGAAAAGAAAUGAUUCGGAAAAAGAUCUUGGUGUAGAACCUGUGAUUAUACCCACAAGCAUUACAACAGAGCCUUGGACAAAACCUAUCAGAAAUUUAUGGCAACAUUUACUACUAAACUUUGCUGCAGAACAGACAUUUAAUCAGACAUUAGCCAAGGUGGAACCUUAUUGUAGCAUCUGUGCAUUGUUCAAACCAUUAUCAAGAAUAUCUUCAUCAAAGGAUGGGAGCAAACCAGCAAAGAAUCUACGUACCUUACCAAUGAUUCCAGAAAUGUGUUUUGCUUGUAGUAAGGACAAUAAGAGACCAUUUGCUGUGAAUUCUUCAGUAGACAAAGAGGGCCUCAGCCAACUUUUGACUUGUGAAAACUGUAAAGUAACAGUUCAUGCCAGUUGUUAUGGUGUGUCAGAUGUACCCAGGAAUAAAAAGAACUGGACAUGUACUAGAUGUACUAGGAAUCAGUUGUCAGCGGAAUGCUGUUUAUGUUGUCUACGAGGAGGUGCAUUAAAACCUACUACAAAUGGUAAAUGGUGUCACGUUGUUUGUGCUUUAGCUCUGCCAGAAGUUAAAUUUGUAAAUAUUCACAAGAGAGAACCCAUUAAUGUAGAUACAAUUACAGUGGAAAGGGCUAGGCUGAAAUGUAUGUUUUGCCAACCUUUACAAAACAGUGAUAAAUCUUAUGGAGCAUGUAUCCAGUGCUCCAAUGGUAGAUGUACUUCUUCCUUCCAUGUCACAUGUGCAUAUGCUGCAGGAGUAAUGUUUGAAACAAGUGACUGGCCUUAUCCAGUCUAUAUCACAUGUAACAAACACAAUACUAAGGAAAAGGUGGCUAGAGACAGAGAGUUGACAGAAUUAAAAGUAGGAGAUAAAGCCUAUGUUAAACACAAAAACACUCGAUAUUACCUGUGUAAUAUUGUAAAAGUGGAAGGCCAGACAUAUUAUAGUGUGGACUUUGAGGAUGGCUCAUUUAGUGAUGAUUUGUAUCCAGAAGAUCUUGAUAACUAUGAUGUGUCUGAUGGUCCCCCUCCUGUUGGUGCCAAAGUAUGGGUCAAAUGGACAGAUGGUGAUUUAUAUGGAGCAACAUUUAGAGGAACCAAAGAUCACUGCAUGUAUACAAUUGAAAUGGCAGAUGGUACUGAAAAACCACAUAAACGAGAUGAGCUAUGGCUGCAGACGGAGGAACUACCAAAACAAGUCAAAUCAAGACUGUCAACUGCAACAGAAAGGCGAUUUAAUUUAUUCUAUGAUGAUGAAAUUGAACAUGAAAUUGCAGAGCAUGGAAGGAGAGUGAAACCAAAGAUCUCAUAUUCUAAGUUACUUGGUGACAAGUGAAGAUAUUGUGCAAUAAUCUGGCAGCUUAGAUUGCAUGAACUAGUUCUACAUGAUUUAUCUACUGAAUAGCAUUGGUCUUCCCCUGAAGGAUGUUAAGUUUUAUUCAGCCAAAUAGAAAGACAUUGUUAGUGAACAGAUUCACACAGUUAAAAUUGACAGAGAAAUUAUUUUUAUGACAGUUGUAUUAAGAAUUCAUAAGUUAGAGUUGAUGUUUGGAUUAUGUUUGUUGCAAAAAUGUUUUCGGUGUUAAAAGUUGGAUUUUCAUUUGUAUUCCAUUUUUGUGGAAACCAAAAAGCAUUAUUUUCAUGUUAAUGGGUUAAAAUCAGAGGUGAAAAAUGUUUUCCCCCCUUUUGGGUAAUCCCAACUAUUUUGUCAGUCAUUUUAAUAUAACACUUUGUAAGGAAAAAGAAAAAGGUAAAAAUUUUGUGUUUUUUGUUUGUUUUUGUUUGUGUCUGAUUUUCUUGAUUAUUUAUUGACCAGGACAGUGUGAACCAUAAGAAAGACUAUUUUACAAAGCUGACCCCUGUGAUGCUUAUUUAUUUUUACUAAAGAUAAAAAAAAAUUAUAAACUUUUGUCUUGUGGAAAAAAAUCUCUCUUUCAUCUCUGUAUGGUUAGUUUCAUCAACUGUUAAGUAUUCUAUAACAGUAUUAUCUGAAAAUUGUUAUUAAAAAAAAAAAUCGUACAGGUUUUACUCAAUUGCAACAGGCCUCCAAGAUAAGUUUCCAGCAUUCCUUUAAAGCUGGUUCCCGGUAUUAGGAAGUUGCAAAACAAAAAAACACAGGAUGUUAUAUAAAAACUGGAUCAAGACUGAUUAGGAAAACUAUCAAUAGUAAACACACAUGCAAAAUUAAUGACUUAAAAUAUGUUGACAAAUUGGUUGUAUUUUUUAUUUCACAUGUAAACAACAUGUUUUCCUUAGUUUUACAUGUCUAUUGCUUUUUAUGAAAGCUUUAUUAUGCUUUUUAUUGAAGUUGAUAUCUGUAGUUUAUUUCUGUAACUCUACUUAAUAUUUAUGUUUGUAACUAUCACCCAAUGACUGUCGUUUAUAUGACAAGUGGAGGAUUGAGAUAUUGUGGAGAAAAUUCCUGUAAAUUUAUUUCAUAGCCCUUGUAGAUACACUCCUCAGGAACACUUAUAAAUAUAUAUAUAGAACAAGUAUAUAAUAUUUUCAUAAAGGCAGCAAGCAUUUUAACAUGUAAAAAUUCAAAAAUGUAUUUAUUGGUUUAUAGAUAAAUUUCAUUAUAUAAAUAACUAGUUCAUUGAAAAUUGAAAUAUAUAAAGCAUUCUAUUUGGCUCCACAUCUACCCUAGGCUUGUUUUACAAUUUGUUAGUUUUUUUUCCUUUUAACCCUGUUUGUGCUGCUUUUGAAUUACACCACAUGUUGCAGUAACCUAAUAGUGAUUUUAUACUUCAUGUUUCUUGAGCUUUUAACAUGAUUCCUAUUUUAAGAAUAGGUAUCCUAUGAGUUUAUUUUAAAUGUAUAUUAUCUUUUAUAAAUAUGCAUUACAUGACUAUCAACAAUCUAACAUUUUCUAAACAUUAUUGUAUAACUUUCUUGUACUGUUCAUAUUAUGAUUUGUAAUAUGAAUUUCAUAUUUUGUAUAUUUGUACUCUUGUAAUAGAUCAGCUGUAUCACCUGACAUCAUUGAUUUUGUUUUUGCAGCAUUUUUUCAACACUUUAUUUUCAUUAUUUUGUUGCCUUGGUUUACUUUAAGUAUAACAAAUAUAUUCCACCUAGAUGAAAGUGCACUGCUUUGUGGUUUAUGGAUAAAAUUGAUAUUAUUCUGAAAUACUGACUAGAGGCAUGGUAUAACCAGAUAUAUUAAUAUGAAAUAAAUGGAUGGUAAUUAGUUUUUAAUUCCACAGGGACAGAUGGAACAGCCUUGCUAUUUAUACUUUGUCAAUACAGUAGUUCAGAGGGUUAACAAAGUGCAAGAUUCAAACAAAAUAGUCUGGAAUUGUCUCUUUCUUGAAAAUAUUUUGGGCUUUUUCAAAAUCAAUCUUUGAUGACAUAGUCAUAUAUUUCGUUGUACAGUGUCAAGAUUCUAGUGUAACAGCCCCACAAAACUAAAGUAGAUGUGAAAAGUUAACACAAUCUACAGUCUGUUUUAAAGUAUAGUUAGUAUAAAUCUUAUUUUACUACAAUAUAAAGUUCAAAAUAUUGCUUCAGCCAAUAAAAAGGUGAACCAUUUCAACAGUACAUGUACUAUUAGCCAGAAACAGUAACAGUAGUAUGUUUAGUUUAUUUCACUUCUUGAACAUGACAAGAUGUUUAUUUUUUGUUCCCCCCUCCCCUUUUAAUUUAAGAUAUUUAUUAAUUUUAUUAGGAGUAAUGAAUUAUGACAAUAUUGAGGAAAAUUGAGCAGUUGUAAAUUUGCGAUUGUAUAUUUAUUACCUAGAAGAGGUGAAUUGUUUAUAUAUACUUUUGUAUAUAUUGGUACCAUUGUGUUGUGUGUGUGAUUAUCAUGCAUUAAAAUCAAUAAACAUGUGAAACUUAA